ACCUGAAGUCUGGGACAGCAAGGGUGAAUACUAGGACCUGACACGGCCCCCUCAUGUUCGGGCCCCUUAUCGGACUCUGAUAGCAAGAGCGUUCAGUAUCAAGAUGGCCUUUCGGUAACUGAAUGAACCGGUUAAUGGUCAGAUCCUCGAUGCAACUCUCCACAAUGCAUGCAAGUCUCCGAGCCCAGGGUAACCGCGAAAUUGAUUCGAGAGCUAAAGCGCCGCCAUCAUCUUUAAUACCCAACGUCCUUCUCAAUAAGAAAGGCAACGAUAUUGCACGCAAACACAAGAAAGAAUCAAGAGAAGGAAAUAAGGGAAGGAGUGUCGAGACUUCAACGAUUAUUUUCGUGACACUUUGCGGAACAGCCUUCUCAAAACGAGCGAUUUGCGCGUCCAGACGUCCGCUAUUGAAGAGUUAUCUUCACAAUCAACAACAAAUCCCAAACUGGGUUAAACCUCGCGAGCGAGUCGAGUCGCUGAAAUUCGUGCCUGAUGCAAAUGCCCAGGCCAUGAGCACGCCAACUGCCCCUGCCCUUGAAGUGGACACAAUUAUUGAAAUCACAUAAAUCCGCACGCCCUCCUGAGGGCCGAACACUUUACUGACGUUCAAAAAGUAGGACUCUUCUGGUCCUG